AUGAACGAGCAAGAAGAAGACCUUGAACUUGCUCCUAUUGACCCCGAAAUUGAACGCACUUUUAGACAAAGGAGGAAGGAACAAAAGGCUAAAAAACGCUGCAAUAUGGCCGAUGGGUUUGAAAUUGGAGGUGCUCAUAAUGAAGCCAAUCCUAUUGCUUUGGCCGAUGAUAGAGCCCGAGCAAUAAGAGAGUAUGCAACCCCUAUGUUCAAUGAGCUAAAUCCGGGUAUUGUGAGACCCGAAAUCCAAGCACCUCACUUUGAGCUCAAGCCUGUCAUGUUUCAAAUGCUCCAAACGCUACAAGGAGUAAGUGAAGAGGCUUUAAGAUUGAAGUUGUUCCCAUUUUCCUUGAGGGAUCGGGCUAGAGCAUGGCUUAAUACUCUUCCUCCCGAUUCGGUGACUAAUUGGAAUGACUUGGCUGAAAAAUUCUUGAGAAAGUACUUUCCUCCAACAAGAAAUGCAAAGUUUCGAAGCGAGAUCAUGUCUUUUCAACAAUUGGAAGACGAGACUACUAGUGAUGCAUGGGAAAGAUUCAAGGAGUUGUUGAGGAAGUGCCCACACCAUGGUAUUCCCCAUUGUAUCCAACUUGAGACUUUUUACAAUGGUCUCAAUGCGGCUUCUAGGAUGGUGUUGGAUGCUUCGGCUAAUGGAGCCAUUCUUUCCAAGUCUUACAAUGAAGCUUUUGAGAUUUUGGAAAGGAUAGCUAGCAACAACUAUCAAUGGUCAACUAAUAGAGCUCCUACAAGCCGAAAUAAAGCGGGUGUUCUUGAAGUAGAUGCUUUGACCGCUCUAACUGCUCAAAUGGCCUCAAUGACCAACAUUUUGAAGAAUAUGAAUAUGGGAGGAAGUGUACAACCAGCCGCUGCCAUUCAAAGGGCAGAAAUCUCUUGUGUGUAUUGUGGUGAUGGGCAUACUUUUGAAAAUUGCCCCUCAAAUCCAGCUUCGGUGUGUUAUGUGGGUAAUCAAAACUUCAACCGCAACAACAAUCCAUACUCAAACUCCUACAAUCCGGCAUGGAAGCAUCAUCCGAACUUUUCAUGGGGAGGUCAAGGGGCAAGUUCAAGUGGAGCACAAGGACAAGGAAAGCAAUCAUUCCCACCGGGUUUUUCUCAACAACCAAGACCUCAACAACCUCACCAACCUCAAGGCUCUCAAACUAGUUCUUUGGAGAGCUUAAUGAGAGAUUAUAUGGCCAAGAAUGACGCUGUAAUUCAAAGCCAGGCAGCAUCUCUUCGGAAUCUUGAAGUUCAAUUGGGGCAAUUGGCCAAUGAUUUGAAGAAUAGACCACAAGGCACCUUGCCUAGUGACACCGAAAAUCCAAGAAGAGAUGGGAAGGAACAUUGCAAAGCGGUAACCUUGAGAAGUGGAAAAACAAUUGAGUCAAAUGUGGCUGCAACAGGGAGUAAAGAGCCCUCUUCAAUCCAAAAAGAGGGGGAAAUGAAGAAAAAACCAGCAACUUCAGCUGCUGAAAUUCCCCCAGUAGUUACAGCAUCCAGUCAGCAUUCUGCUGCAGAAAAGUCUUUGCAAAAGCCACCUCUACCAUUUCCUCAACGAUUCAAGAAGCAGCAAGAUGAUGGGCAAUUCCGGAGAUUUCUUGAUGUUCUAAAGCAGCUCCACAUCAAUAUACCUUUAGUGGAAGCUUUGGAGCAAAUGCCAACUUAUGUGAAGAUUUUGAAGGAUAUUUUGAUAAAGAAAAGGAGGCUUGGCGAGUUUGAAACGGUCGCUUUGACGGAGGGAUGUAGUGCUAUGUUGAAAAGUAAAAUUCCACCCAAAUUGAAAGAUCCGGGUAGCUUUACAAUUCCAAUUUCUAUUGGGGGUAGAGAUGUUGGAAGAGCUCUUUGUGACUUGGGAGCUAGUAUUAAUCUCAUGCCGAUGUCUACUUUUAGAAAGUUGGGAAUUGGAGAAGCGAGGCCAACCACCAUCACUUUGCAAUUAGCGGAUCGUUCCAUGGCUCAUCCGGAAGGGAAAAUUGAAGAUGUGUUGGUGCAAGUGGAUAAAUUCAUUUUUCCGGCUGAUUUUAUCAUUCUAGACUAUGAGGCCGAUAGAGAAGUUCCGAUUAUUUUGGGACGGCCAUUUCUUGCUACCGGAAGAACCUUGAUUGAUGUACAAAAUGGGGAACUCACUAUGAGAGUGAAUGAUCAAAAGGUUACUUUUAAUGUGUUCAAUGCUAUGAGAUUCCCGGAUGAGAUUGAAGAAUGUUCACGUUUGAGUGUGAUUGAUUCUAUUGUGGCUGAAAGUUUUCACAAGGAAGUGUGGAAGGAUGAGAGGGUGAUAAGCUCUCUUGAAGAUCUUGAAGCUUUGAGUGAAGAUGAAGAAACCCAAGUUGCUUGGGUUGAGCCGAUGCAACCUUUCCCUAAAUUCAAGAGAUCUUUUGAGUCUUUAGAGUUGAAAGAAAGCAAUUUCAAGCCUCCAAAGCCUUCCAUCCAAGAACCACCAAAGUUAGAGCUGAAACCUUUGCCAAGCCACCUCAAAUAUGCUUAUUUGGGGGAGAAUGAAACGCUGCCAAUAAUUAUUUCAGCGUGUUUGGAAGCUGAAGCUGAAGGUUUGUUGCUAGAAGUGCUGAAGAAACAUAAAAGAGCGAUUGGGUGGACUAUGGCAGACAUAAAAGGGAUUAGUCCAGCGAUUUGCACGCACAAAAUAAUCCUAGAAGCUGGCUGUAGUAACUCCAUUGAGCAUCAACGAAGGUUGAAUCCUGUUAUGAAGGAAGUAGUGCGAAAAGAAGUGAUAAAGUGGCUGGAUUAUGGUAUUGUAUACCCGAUUUCAGAUAGUUCAUGGGUUAGUCCUGUCCAAUGUGUGCCAAAGAAAGGAGGAAUCACGGUGGUGGCUAAUGCGAACAAUGAGUUGAUUCCUACUCGAACUGUGACAGGUUGGAGGGUAUGUAUGGACUAUCGGAAGCUCAACAAUGCUACUCGGAAGGAUCAUUUCCCGCUGCCAUUUAUUGACCAAAUGUUGGAUCGUUUGGCGGGAAAAGAGUUUUACUGCUUUCUUGAUGGUUAUUCGGGUUACAAUCAGAUUUCUAUAGCACCAGAAGAUCAAGAGAAAACCACCUUCACUUGUCCAUAUGGCACCUUUGCCUUUAGGAGGAUGCCAUUUGGCUUGUGCAAUGCUCCCGCGACUUUCCAAAGGUGUAUGAUGGCUAUUUUCUCGGAUAUGGCUGAAAGUAUUUUGGAGAUAUUCAUGGAUGAUUUCUCUAUCUACGGGGAAUCAUUUGGGAUUUGUUUGGAGAAUUUGGAGAGAGUGUUAGCCAGAUGUGAAGAAACCAACUUGGUGCUUAACUGGGAGAAAUGCCACUUCAUGGUUCAAGAGGGUAUUGUGUUGGGUCACAAAGUGUCUAGAAAGGGGAUAGAAGUUGACAAGGCAAAGCUAGAAGUGAUUGAAAAGUUACCAGCCCCUACCACGGUGAAAGGCAUAAGAAGCUUCCUUGGACACGCGGGUUUCUAUAGGCGCUUCAUUAAAGACUUUUCUAAGGUGUCCAAACCCUUGUGUAGCUUGCUUGAACAAAAUAGGCCAUUUGAGUUUACCGCUGAAUGUAAUGAAGCAUUUUCGAAGUUGAAGACAGCUCUUGUUACGGCCCCCGUGAUUGUAGCACCCGAUUGGUUAUUGCCCUUUGAACUCAUGUGUGACGCAAGUGAUUUUGCCAUUGGGGCUGUUCUUGGACAGCGGAAGAAUAAGACCUUUCACUCCAUUUAUUACGCAAGCAAAACUCUUGUUGAUGCCCAGAUUAACUACACCACUACUGAAAAAGAGUUGCUAGCGGUGGUUUUUGCCUUUGAGAAAUUCAGAUCUUAUCUUGUGGGAACCAAGGUUGUUGUGUAUACUGACCAUUCGGCAAUCAAGUAUUUGAUAGCCAAGAAAGAUUCUAAACCGAGGCUCAUUCGUUGGGUUUUGUUGCUACAAGAGUUUGAUUUGGAAAUUCGAGACAGAAAAGGGACAGAAAACAAAGUGGCGGAUCAUCUCUCUAGGUUGGAAACUAACAAUCACAGCAGCCACUUAGGAGGAGAAAUACAAAUUCAAGACUCAUUCCCAGAUGAGCAACUGCUAGUGGUAGAGCAAACAAGGGUACCAUGGUAUGCAGACAUUGUCAAUUACUUAGUUGGAGGUGCCUAUCCACCUGAUUUUACCAAGCAGCAGCUCAAAAAGUUCCUUCAUGAUAGCAAGUUUUAUUUUUGGGAUGAGCCAUACUUGUACAAGCAAUGCCCAGAUCGUAUAAUGCGGAGAUGUGUGCCAAUGAGUGAAGUUAGAAGCAUCUUGGAGCAUUGUCAUUCAGCUCCUUAUGGUGGCCAUUUUGGUGGACAACGCACGGCUGCCAAAGUCUUUCAAUCAGGAUAUUAUUGGCCCUCUAUUUUUAAAGAUGCUCAUGCUUUCGUUCAACAAUGUGAUCGCUGCCAGCGAGUGGGAAAUAUCUCCGCUAGGAAUGAGAUGCCUCUUAAUUGUAUUUUGGAGGUGGAAUUGUUUGAUGUGUGGGGUAUUGACUUUAUGGGGCCUUUCCCACAAUCCUUUGGGAAUCUCUACAUUCUAGUGGCGGUGGAUUACGUAUCAAAGUGGGUAGAGGCAAUUGCUAGUCCGAAGAAUGAUGCUCGAGUGGUCAUGAAAUUCCUUCAUAAACAUGUCUUCACAAGGUUUGGGACCCCUAGAGCUUUGAUAAGUGAUGAGGGAACACACUUUGUGAACAAAGUGUUGGCUGCACUCUUGGCAAAAUAUAGUGUAAAACACAAAAUUGCCACUGCCUAUCACCCACAAACUAAUGGGCAAGCUGAAGUAUCUAAUCGGGAAAUCAAAGGCAUAUUGGAGAAGGUGGUAAAUCCCAACAGAAAAGAUUGGUCCCAACGCCUAGAUGAUGCACUUUGGGCGUACCGGACAGCAUACAAAACACCUUUGGGCAUGUCCCCAUAUCGAUUGGUGUAUGGGAAGGCGUGUCACUUGCCUAAGUAG